UUAAUUUUUACAGUUAUUUUCAGAUAUAUAUUUCAAUUACUAUAUUCAUACAAAAACUUGGAUUUUGCUGGAACAUAUAGAUGCAAAUAUGAUCUAAACUGACUGAAAUGAAUUGUUAAUAAAAAAAAGUGUUUACAGAUAUUAGAUGCGCCAUUCAGAGGUGGUCAACUGUUGUCGAUUCAUGGGUUUGUGCGUACUGAUGAAGCCAUGGCGCAGCUACCACUACUUCGUACUUAUGAGUCGACGUAGCAAGGAUGAUUACAUUGCUGUCCUUCAAAAGACCCGUGACAUCCUGGGAGAACACAUUUCUGUAGAGGGAUUUGUGCUUGAUUUUGAAGCUGCCGCAUGGAGUGCCAUUAGAGUGGUAUUCCCCAAUGCUGGCAUCAAAGGGUGUUGUUUCCACUGGUGUCAGGCUGUGUUGAGGCACGUCCAAUCAACUGGGUUUGGUCCCGCCUUCAUGGAAAGAAAGUCGAUCUGGGAAUACAUUAAGAAGCUGCUUGCUCUUCCCUUCCUGCCAUCUAAUCAUAUCCGUCCAGUCUCCGAGUCUCUAGCAGCCAAAGCCAACACAGACCAACUUUGCCAACUGGUAAACUACAUUAGAUCAACUUGGAUCGAUCCAACACAUUCCCCAUUCAGAACUGGUCUAUCUACCAACACUCAAUCCGAACCAACAAUGAUGUUGAAGGGUUUCAUCGCCGACUCAAUGGGGAUGUAGGUUUCCAGUCAUUGUCUUUCUAUAAACUUGUCCCAGGAAGCAGGCCAAGGAAGCAUAACAUGACCUCUAUGAACUGUUGGAUCAUGGAAUAGGUCGAUUGCAGCGAAAAAAUACCGGGUUGUUGAGGAAUCUAUUCAAAAGGACUGGGAACGAUAUGCCAAUGGUGAAAUCAACAGUGCUACUAAACUUUUGCGUGCUAUUUCACAUUCAUAUGGAAUUGCUGAGUAUUCUGUGUAAAGUGAAUUUUAGUGAAAAUAGUCGACAUUCACAAAUAGUCACUUCAGUGAAAACAGUGAAAAAGCAAAUGAAAACUUGCAAGGUUGAACUAGUGAAAGUGUACAGUGUACAUAUUGUAUUAUAGUAAUCAUAGUGAUUAGUCCGAAAUGUUUUAUAUUAUUAUAGAUUUUUAAUAUUUUGUAUUAUAUACACACAGUAUUAUAUAAAAGAAAAUUCAAUGUUAGUACAUUUAAUUUUAUUUACUUACAUGACAAUUUUAGUACAUUUAAUUUUAUUUACUUACAUGAUUUUUAAUAUUUUAUCUUAUUUUUACAAGAGAGUAUUUUUCUAUUAAAGUAUUUAAUUUGAAAUAAUUGGUAAUAAAUUCAUUCUAGCUUGAUUUUUUUAAAG